GCUCGUUUCAAAAAGGGCAGUGAUUUUUGUACUUGUUGUGAUUAUACUUGCUUUUGGUACUUAUUGCACCAAAAAGCAUUCUUAGUCUACUUUAACUAAAAGUACUUUGGUUAAAGUUUGAAAUUUUUUGCUAAAUUUUGUCCUGAGUACCUUUUUUUUACUCCUUGACUAACACUUGUGUUCACACUGUGAUCAUUUUGUGAUUUUAAACUUUUUAAAUCGAAUUUCAAUGGUUGGUAAGACUCACAAAUGUGGGCAACCAAAUUGUUUGUUCCCCGUUGAUGAGGGAAUGAAGUGUGACGAUUGUAAAAUGUGGUACCACAGAAUGUGUACACGCCCAAGUCCGACGGCUUACAAAAGAUGUUCGAAGCCUAACUCGCAUUGGCUUUGUAUGUUCUGCUGUACGGAUAAAAAUGUACUAAUUCACUAGGCUAUGGGCCUAUUGGCUUUGACCUGCAAGAAAAAUGAUGGCAGAAGCACUGAUAACGAGAGCGCUGAGGGUGAAGAAUGUGUCAGUGGAGUAAGUGCUGCUACUGGACCCGUUAAACACCUGACUGCGGUUGACGAGAACGUGAAGUCUCCGUUGACAUUAACGAGGAAUGAAGUGUCGCUUGAUAUUGACAUCGGCAGUCGUGCACUUCUAGUCGAAAUAGAAGAUCCGGAUAAAACUGUCACCGUUCCACAUAGUCCAGGUGUGGCUGUCCCGAGUGGUGACAAAUGGACUUCAGUAGGGAGAAAAAUAAAUGGGGAGAAAAAGACUGUGGGCAAAACGCAGCUGGUCAGCAAGGCAUUGGAAGGGAUGUUAUCAGAAGAAAAAUCCUCACUGCGUGACAAGACAGAUCUCUCUGAGAGAUCAGUCAUUUUUCAUAAAAUAAGAGAAUCUUCAGGUACAGAACCAAAGGCAAGAUUUGAAUACGAUCUUAAUCAUAUUAAGACAUCAUUAAGUAAACUACUCCCAGAUACAGUUUCAGGAGUUAGUAUUUGUAAGCUUUAUAGAAUAGGAAAAAAGGGUUGAUUCCGAAAGUCCUCAGAAAAACCGCCCCCUAAAGGUUACAUUCAACACGGUGGAAGAAAGGAACCUGAUUCUAAGUAAAUCACGUAAACUGAUUGGAUCCGGAAUAUAUGUCCGUGAGGAUCUCAGCCUAGCUGAUCGUAUUAAGAGACGAGCUUCAGAAGCGGAAAUAAACGAGCGUCGCCAAAACGGUGGAAGAAACCUCGUUCUUAAGGGAUUUCAAAUUGUAAAAGUUCGGAGCAAAACGAUCCCCAAACCACUCUGGGCGGCAAGGGAAAGCUCUCCACAGACUUAAAGGUAUACUACACAAAUGCUCGCAGUCUUCUAAAUAAAAUGGCGGAGCUCAAGUCAGUAGUGGAUAAAGAAAAAUUGAACGUUAUUGCUGUCUCGGAAACUUGGUUAACGUCAGAAGUAGUAGAUAGUGAAGUCGAGUUGACUGGUUUCAUAACCAGUAGGGCUGAUAGAUUAAAACGGAGGGAGGCGGGGUUUUUCUGUACACGAAAAGUACUCUAACCAUAAGAUUAGCUGAGACAGUAGCACAUGUUCAGGGACAUGUGAACUGGUGAGAUGUAAGUUGAAAUGCCGAUAGCAAGAUGUUGAAGUAGUUGUGGUAUAUCGCAGUCCAGAAUGUGUAGCAGAUGAUUUUAUCCUAAGUAAACUUAAGUCCUGGUGUAACAACGGUAAAAGUCUUGUAGUAGGCGACUUUAAUGCACCAUAUAUAAACUGGGUUAACUUAGAAGUAGGGUCGUCGAUAUCGUCGUUCGACUGCAAACUGUUAGAAACCUCGAUUGGACUAGCAUUAUUCCAACACAUUAGAGAUCCCACAAGAUACGACUUAAGAAACUCUUCUUCUCUAUUAGAUUUAGUCUUCACACACGGUGAUGACGUUGGUCAAAUGGCUUUUCUCUCACCACUUAUGAGAAGUGACCAUGCAGUCAUCUUAUUCAAAUUCAUGGCUGAGAUUGCCUGUCAAACAGUUACACCGGCCCGUCCCAACGUAUGGGAGGCAGGUAUGCAGGCAAUUAACUCCGCAGCAUCGGCUGAAAACUGGGAAAUAGACUCAAAGGCAUCAGUACAAGAGGCAUGGACUCUAUUCAGGCAUUUAUACAAUCGAGUAACUCAACCAUACAUACCCUGGACUGUCUCAAAGAAAAAGAAGCACGGCCAUCCCUGGAUAGGGCGGGAUAUUCGACGCUUACAAAGGCAAAAAAAGAAAUGCUGGGAUGUUGCCAUCCGCCUUGGCACAGCAGGUACGAUGGAACGCUACAGAUCGACAAGAAGCGAGUGUAUAACAAAAAUUCGGGGAGCUCAGAGAAAAUAUGGAAUGCAGCUGGCACAAGCUCCACUCAAGAAGCCCAAGAGAAUAUUCUCGUACACAAACUACAGAACAAGGAUGCAUCAUUGGAUUCCCAACCUAAUUAAAGUAGGGAGUGAAUCUGAAAUGAUAGAAGAAGAUCAGGAAAAAGCGGAGGCUAUGGCUGACUAUUUUGGGGCAGUUUUCACUGAGGAACCUCCUCUAGAGAAAGAACCAGACCCAAAUACAGGGUCAACAAACCAGCUGCUCACCGUGGACUUCGACCAAAACGAUGUGCUUAAGGUUCUCAGCACCCUAAACAUGGAGCAGUCAACAGGACCAGGUGAACUACACCCCAAAAUCUUGAGACGUAUUGCCAAUAUAUCGCGGCCCCACUGACUGUGAUAUUCAAUGUGUAACUUGACCAAGGUGUGUUACCUAUGGAGUGGAAGGACGCAAUCGUCACUCUCAUACAUAAAACAGGUCCACGACAAGUUCCAUCGAAUUACAGACCCGUAAGUCUCACCAGUGUUGUAAUUAAAACACUGGAAAGAAUAAUCAGACGGACCACAACGGCAUUUAUGGAAACCAAUGACUUGCUGAACAUGGCACAACAUGGUUUUAGAAAGGGUCUAUCCUGUACAACGAACCUCCUUAUAGCUAGGGAGUUCUGGAUUAAUGCGCUAGACAACUGAAACUCAGUGGAUGUUGUCUACAUAGAUUUCAGUAAGGCUUUCGACAACGUGCCAACUAAUAGAUUGCUGUUGAACUUAGAAAACCUUGGUAUUGCCGGACCUCUUUUAAAAUAGAUUAAGCAUUUUUUAGUAGGUCGUAGACAGAAAGUAAGAAUAAGGUUAAUACGUACAACAUAGGGGAUGUGUCAUUACCCCUAGUCCGGUCUCAUAAGGAUCUAGGGGUGACAGUGAGUAAUGAUCUUAAGACGACGCCCCAUUUCCGGGAGGUCGCAGCCAAGGGGUUUCGAACCCUCUGGGCUUUAAAAAGGACAUUCACUAAGUUAGAUACUACCAUGUUCACCGCAGUAUACACAUCCUUAGUGAGAAAUAGGCUAGAAAACUGCGUUCAGGCUGCAAGCCCCUGCUUAAAAGGUGACUCGGACAUACUAGAAAAAGUACAGAGGGCAGCUACCCGUGCAAUUCCGGAACUCCGGGGUUUAUCAUACAAACAGCGGCUUGAAAAACUGGACCUCUUUACUCGGUCCUAUCUCAGACUAAGGGGAGAUCUAAUUUUGAUAUACAGAAUACCGAGAAAUGAUUUCGGACCUAACUUAUUCUCUCUUUCUUCCCACUAGAUCGGGACACUUCAGAGGACAUAGCACGCGAAUAGAAAAGCCAAGAACGAACAAAAUACCCGUGGUAUACAGGUUUUCACACCGAGUCAUCAGUACUUGGGACCUGCUGCCUGAAGCAGUGGUGUCCACACCUUCAACUGACUCUUUCAAGAGAAGAUUGGACACUCACAGAAGCACACUAGAUAAGGAAUAACAUAGGCCGUAGGCCUUCUGUCCUUACUGCACAAAUCUGAAUCUAGUUCUUGGUGAGAUAUAUCAACCAAGCAUAUAUGUACACACACUGAUUCCUCCAUCCAGAAUCAAAUGUAACUUAGCCUUCUAAAAUUGAAUAUGGGACUGGCCCUUUGUCAAUAAGACAUUGAGCCACGAUCGUUAACAUAUUUACCCGGGGUCCGUACUUGCUUUGAAUUCUGGAAGAUCGUUGAGCGUUGUAGUCUUUUUCCUCAGGAUGUGCAAGUCUUGUGCAGGAUGCGUUCGCGUGCUGAUGAUUGUGUUUAACAUCCUGUUUACAAUCAUAGGGAUGAUUGUUUUAUCCGCUGCUUUGUACUUCUACUUUUCAACAUUCGGGGUUAGAGGUACUGAUCAGCACAAUAUAUUGGCUUAUACUUAUAUCGUUCUGGCUGCUAUUGGGGCUCUGAGCUUUGUAUUGGGAAUAUUAGGUUGUUGUGGCUCAUAUCACUAUAGUCGAUGUUUGUUGGGCUUUUAUUUUGCUCUGUUACUGGUUAUUUUCGCCAUCGAAAUUGCUAUUGGCGUAGCUGGGUUCGUCCAUAGAGAACAGGCACGUGCAAUUAUCCACGAAACACUUAAAGAAGGUGUUGAAGAUUGGAAAAAUUCCAACAAUGAAGUUCGAUGGAUGGAUGCAAUCCAUGUUAUGUUCCAAUGUUGCGGUUACAAUGGACCUACAGACUAUGGUAUUGCUAAAGUCCCUUCUUGUUGUUUAAAUGAUCAAUGUGCUAUGGAUUUCGCUUUGCUCAGUUUUCAGACGGGUUGUAAAGAAAGAAUUGACAAUAUUAUGCAUAAUUUCCUAAUCAUAUGUAUCUCGGUUAUUACAAUAGCCCUCAUUGAGCUGAUUGGUUUGAUAUUUGCAAUGACUCUUUGUUGUGCUGUGAAUGGUCGUGAUCCAAACGCUUAUUAUCGUGCAGUACAAACAGCAUAAAUUGAUUUUUUUUUAAAAAAACACUCGACUAACCUAACCAAUCUUUAAAUAAUUGAGAAUUUCCAAACAUGCAGUUCUCCUAUAUGUUUCCACGAACCUAUUCAUUAUGAUUAUAUAAUUCCAACUUUGUAUUGUUCAUCUAUUUCAGAAAUAACAAUGAAUAAUGUAAUUUAGUUAUGUAUGUUUAUAAUCUACUUGUUCAUUUCUACGCAUACAUAUUUACAAUAAUCAUUCAAUCAUUUCAUAUGAGUUGUCUUUUUUCUAUUGUGUAUCUGAGCGAGAGAUUUUUCCUCUUUCUCUCUUUCACCUUCGAAUGGCCAAUUUCAUUUUCACACAAUCUUUAAUUAAUCCUGUCAUACAACACAGUGGUACUCUGUGUGUGUGUGUGUGUUUACUCAUAGUUACACUUCUUUUUUCUCUCAUUGUCACCAUUAUCUUCGUUAUUUUUAUUCGAUACAUAUAAGGAAUACUUCACGAAUGACACAAAGAAGUAAAAUUGCGAAAUUUAACACACACACACAACACCUAUGGUUGUAUCGUAAUAAAAAUACAUUUGUUAUGCUGAUUUUUUUAUAAAAGAAAUCUGCCCAAUUUUUACAUUCUUCUCUUAGAUUCUGUAUCAGUUUCUCAUGUUCCAUGAAAAGUUGUUGGAAUUUUUUAAAAAUUUUCCUAACGGUCAUUGUUUCUUCUUCGAGUACUGUGUAUGUGUGUGUGAGAGAGAGAGAAUAUUCUACUACCGGGUAGACAUGUUUAUUCUUUUAAGAAAUGAUUAUUACUAAUAUUCCAUCAUUGUGUAGAUAACCAUUUAUGUGUAAUUCACCGUUGUCUUAUACUUCUUCAACCGGUUAUUUUGAUCAUUUCAAUAAUGUCAUGCAUCUAUCAACAAUUUCACCAUUGUGGUGUGUGUAGUGUUCUGUCAUUUGUCAUGUUGCUUUUUUAAUAUUCGUAUGUGUAUUUUUGUAAUUUAUAAAAAUGAAUUUUGUUCCAUUUUUAUAAACUUUUCAGUACAUAGUAACAUCAUAUUUGUUUUACACACUUGUCUUGAUCAUUUGUCACAUGGACAUUAAUAAUGAUCUAAUGGGAAUAUAUUUAUUCAUCUUCUGGAAUUUUUUUCGUUUUGAAUGAUGAAUUACAUGAAUUCGUCGUUGGAAUAGAUCUAAUCAUUCUGUGUUUGUUCAUUGUUGUAUUACUAUAUAGAUAUAUGUAUUUGUUAAUUUUGCUUCAAUGAUGAUAAUGUUCUCAUUCUAGUAUUCUGCGUACACAUAUAUUAUAUGAAGUGGUCUUUUUUUUAAAAAAAAAUAUUGUUCAUCAAUUACCAUCUCAAAAUAUAUAACAAAUUUCAUACAGUGUGCACUUGUUUUUUUUAAAUGUUUGUUUAGUUGUUUUUUUAUUCAAUGCUGUGUGAUGUGAUACAAAUCAGAGUGUGUGUAUGUGUGUGGCUCUAAGCAAAUGGAGUCAGUCAGCUACAACGUAGGACCAAUUUCGUGGAUUGGUUGAUGUUAGACACUAUCACCAUUGGAUACCGGCUCAGUGGCCCAGUAGGUUAAGCAUCUGCGCAUUACUGAGGAGUCCCACUAUAGGACGAAACGGCCGUCCAGUGCUUCCAGGUUUCCAAAGGUGGACUAACGGUUCAUGAUCUCAAUCAUAAAUUACAACAGAUUUUAAAUUAAAUUGAAUUUAUAUUUCCACUGAAGUCAUGGAUUCCAACUAUCUUUUAUAGAAUUCAGGAAAAGAAUUGUAUCUCAGUCUGACGCUACUUGUAGUUUAAUGUUAUAAUUCUCUGAAUCCGAUAAUGUGAUUGUCACCCUUAUAUAAAUUACGUACCGAUGUGAUGUCCAAAACGGCACUGAAAUGUAUACAAUUAGAUAACUCUUUAAGAUACAAUAUGACAAUCAAUUAUAAAUGAAGUACAACACUGAAAACGUAUAAACUUUGAGUGUUAUAAAAGGAAAAGGGUGACUAAGAGAUUUACUGGUGAGAAUCCUGGUAAGCUCAUCGAUUACGUGGAAAAAUAACUAUCUGGCACACGAUUAGCGACUGUGAUCCUAAAACUUUCGUAAUCAGAGGUUCAGUCCACAAUACUUACGCCUAUUAUCCCUCAUGAAGGAGUAUAGUCUACCCAACAGCACUCUCCAUUCAAUCCUGUCCUGGGCAAUCCUUUCCAGUUGCUAUUCAUCCUUUUCAUGUUUGCUUCCAUUUCCCAACAAAGUGUGUUCUUCGGCGUUCCUCUUUUCUGUUCCUCUUCACGAUUCCGAGUUCGGGAUUGCCUCGUGAUACAGUUUGGUGAUUUCCGUAAUGUAUGUCCUAUCCACUUCCAAACUCUUUUUCUAAUUUCCUCUUCAGCUCGAAGCUGAUUUAUCCUCUCACACACUAGGCUGUUGCUGGUAGUAUCUGAUCAACGGACAUUGAGUAUCUUGCGUAGACAACUAUUAAUAAAUACUUGUACCUUCUUGAUGAUGAUUGUAGUAGUUCUCCACGUUUCAGCUCCAUACAAUGAGACUGUCCUGACGUUCUGACUUUGAUAUUGGUUGACAAACAGUUGUUUUGAGUUCCAUUCGUUUUUGAAUUGUAGGAAUACGUCUCUUACUUUGCCUUUACUUCUGCAUCCGAUCCGUCCUGUUCAUCGAUGAUACUUGACAGGUAUGUGAAAGAUUCCACAUCUUCCAUAGUUUCCCCAUCAAAUGUGGUCCGGUUGAGGCCUACUGAUGCAGAGGCUGUUGCCAUACUAGUUUUCUUCAUCUGUAUUUGUUCGUUUGUAUGGGAUAGAAGGGCCAGGUUAUCUCCGAAGUCUAAAUCUUCUAAUUAAUCCCUAGCUGUCUACUGUAUUCCGUGCUUUCCCUCAGAUGUCAAGGUCUUCAUAAUCCAGUAGACUACCAGGAGAAAGAGGAAGGAGGAUAGUAGACAGCCUUGUCUGACAAUAUAUUAAGAUCAUUUAUAUCAGCUGUUUAGAAUGAUAGUCACUCUAGAUUUUAAAAUCAAUUAAGACAUAUAUACAUGCCUGUCCUUCAUUGUUUAAAGUAUCCAUUAAUUCUGUAUUUAUCAUAGUAAUGUUCACCUUAAAAUUAGAUAAGUUUUAGUGAAGCUGAGCAACAUAGAAAAAAUAUAUACAUAUGUUAUGCCUCGAUAAGAAUAAUGAGUGGUAAUUUUUGGGAUCCAUUUGUGGACCAAUACUAUACGUAUAUUUUUACCGUAUAUUUGUUAAUUAACUAAACUAUUCAUGUCUCUCUUAUCAUAAGCUUUAUUUUGACCUAUGAACUAUUAUACGAUUUUCUAUUCUUGAAUUAUUCCCUAUCUAUUAGUCACUGCCUCCCUCAUUCACAGUCACAUCUGGCUAAUUCUUGUACAAAUGUUGUUUCAUAUUUUAUUGAUACGUUGUGGUCUCUUUGAUUAGUGUAUAAACUCAGUAUGUUUGAAAUAUAAUGAUUCAUAUUGCAGAGGCUGAGAUUGGUGUUCUGGACUUAACUGGCUGGGCUAGGCGGAAAGCAGGACUAAUCAAGACUCUAGGCUGCUCGCACGUGUUUUACGCAUCCUUGUUCCGAUCGAUAAUUCACUGCCCUCUAAUCGGCGGUCACAAGUUCUAACAACAUAUACAUAACUAAGCAAUAAUUAAUGUCUGCUUAGUGGUCUAGAGGUUAUGCGUUCGCUCGGGAGACCUAUAAGUCCUGGGUCCGAGUCCCUCGGGGCAGGGUCA